AUGGGUAACAAUUUCAGUACGCAGCCAGACACCAACAGGGAGCGAAGUUCAUCUCUGCUCUCACGUGUUUCUUUAAAAAAGUGGUCUAAACUGCAUGCGCCGUCAGAUACGCCAGGUGCAUCUGGAGGUAACUCAGUGCGAAAGCGUUAUAGUAGCCAGUAUUCAAAAUUCAGCUUCAAUAAGAAGCAUGUUCGGAACAACUCUCUCAGCGAUAGGAGCUCAUUUGAGAUUAGUUGUCCUCUGGAAAAUAAUAAUGAUACGAUGAAUGAAAGUAUCGAAUUUCAAGAAUCUAUAAAUCUUGUAGGACAGCUUGAGGCUCUUCUAGAAAAUCCCAACAGGUUCUCUUCGCAUCACAGAGCUAUCGCUCUGCUCACUCAUCAAGUCUCAACCGUUCUUGAUGGAAGUAGUCUAAUCAAUCAACUACGUGAGCUCAUACAGGAGCCUCAAAAGUUCUCUAGGUACGAUAAAGAGAUAACAAUGCUCACUCGUAGAGCUUCAACUAUUUUUGAAAAUCAAAUUCAGACCUACCAUCGAAUCGCUUAUUCUAGUUUGCCACUAGUCAUUGGCAGAAUCGCACAAGACUGUGGUAUUUUUGAAGCGCUUGUUGCAAGUAAAGAUGAAGCAUUUGAUGUUGCCUCUCUAGCUGAAAUGACUGGUCUGCAGCAAAGUAUCUUGGAGGUCUUCUUGGAGUAUAUGGCAGCUCAACACAUGAUCGAUGAUGUGGGAGACUUCUUAUAUCGUGAUAAUAAUGUUACCUUUAAUCUUCUAAAGCCAAUAGCAAUUUAUGGCCUUCCAGUUUUUAAUGACUUGUUUCUCCCAAUAAUUAAUCACCUCGGCGUUUCAGUUAAUGAUAGACAUGGACGAAGCGCACACAACUUAGCAUUCAACACAUCCCUUGAUUUGACCUCUUGGCUUGAGAAAAACCCCAAAUUUGAAAGAGAAUUAGAUAAACUCAACCGACAUCAAUGGGAUCUUGUGCCUAGCUGGCAUAGUGUCGUAGACUUCCAAGAAGAAUUCACUGGUGAUUCAGACGACCGAUCAUUCGUAUUUGUCGACGUGGGCGGAGGUAUGGGAGACCAAUGUAUUGUUCUCCUAGACAGAUUUCCUGGGUUAAGGGGACAAGUCGUAUUACAAGACAAACCAGAAAUUUUACACAAAUCUCAUGUCCCUGAUCGGAUCUUGAAAGUACCAUGUAAUUUUUUCAGAGACCAGCCCAUUCAAGGUGCGUAUGUAUACUAUUUUCGUCGAGUCUUGAGCAAAAACAUUGAUGAAGCUGUUAUCCAAAUCCUAAAGGCCCAAGUUCCUGCUAUGGGAAAGGAAUCUUUCUUAUUAAUCGAUGAUAAAGUAUUGCCAGACAUGAAAUUGACAGUAACAACAAGCAUGUUAAAUUUACUUGAGUUGAAUAUCCUAAUGCUUGCAUGUUUCAAUGUUUUUGAAAGACGACAAUCACAGUGGCUUAGGCUUCUGGAUGAAGCCGGGUAUGAGGUAGCACAAAUACAUCCGUACUCUGAUCUCCACGACUGCAUUAUUGUUGCGAAGGUAAAAUUUAGACCAGUGAUGCAAAGGUUGGAUAUGGUAGAUCAAAGGGAUAUUUAG